AUGUUUGAUUUUAUUCAUUUUUGGUCUUUUACAUUAUUUACUGUAUAUAAAGAAUUUUAUUUUUAUCCUAUUCAACAUACACAUGAAAAUAUUCAAAGUCUUCAAUUAAUUAACGAAUUACGUAAUCGUACUCGUUGGUUUCCUGGUAUAGUUGGUUCACUAGUACUACUUAUAAUAGCUAUUAUUCGUAAGCAGUUAGCAUUGGAUCGUAUAUUCGAAUUAAUUGCUUUAUGUUCUAUUGUAAUAUGUAGUUCGGGUAAAUAUCGAUUAUAUUUCAUUUUAUUGAUUGCAAUGAUUUCACUUGGAUUUGAAAUUAUUCAACAUAAUAAUGAUUGUAAAUUAAUUGCAAUAUUACAUGCUCAAACAAUGUUUAUGUUACAUAUAUAUUUAACUUCUGUUAGAAUGGACGUUUGGUGGUUAUUUUUAAGGACAAGAACUAGAUCAGAAAUACUUCGUGCGAAGCGUUUUUUUCAUUUAUUAUAUGAGGCUCGUACGAAUUCUUCAAUUAUAGUAUUCUUCUUUCUUCAACAAGCAUUGGUUUUUUAUGUAUGGCAUUUAGACAUAGUUAAAUCCUAUUUAAUAUUUAGUUUUACAUGGUCAAUAAUUAUUACAUAUAAUAUGGCAAUUGUAUGGAAUUAUUUCUUUUGCAAAAAUCCAAAUCACUUAGUACUAAUACCAUUUUUAAAAAAUGAAUUUCCAGACGAUCAUCCGUUAUGGGGGCAAUUAGUUACUAUUUUACAUUUGACAUUAGUUAUUUCUCUUUUUGUUAUCCUACUUGUUCUAUAA